UGAUUCGGAAACAUGGCGGUGUCCACAGCGCGGCGCCCGGCUGCUAACGCUCGUGUGUUGAUAAUAACUUUUCUCACCACGCUAAUAUGUCGCAGCGGGGUCGCUGACGUCAUCCCCGGUGCCCCGACGCCGGAAGAGCUUCCGCACCGCCGGUUCGAGUACAAAUACAGCUUUAAAGGACCUCACCUGUCUCAGACGGACGGCGGCAUCCCGUUUUGGAUCCACAGUGGAAAUGCCAUUCCCAGUGCAGACCAGGUGCGCAUUACGCCGUCCCUCAGGAGUCAGAAGGGCUCCGUGUGGACAAAAAACAAAGUCAACUUUGCCCAUUGGGAGGCCGAGGUGACCUUCAGGGUGUCUGGAAGAGGCCGGAUGGGAGCGGACGGUUUGGCCGUGUGGUUCACCAGCGAGCAAGGCCUCGCCGGUCCGGUCUACGGCGCCGCCGACCAGUGGAAUGGAGUUGGAAUCUUCUUUGACUCGUUUGACAACGACGGAAAGAAAAAUAACCCAUCGAUAGUUGUUGUGGGAAACAAUGGCAAACUUGUUUAUGACCAUCAAAACGACGGCACCACACAGGCCCUCGGCACGUGUUUGCGAGACUUCCGCAACAAACCCUAUCCCAUCCGAGCCAAAAUAACGUACUACAAGAAGACGCUGACGGUGAUGAUCAACAAUGGCUUCACUCCCGAUAGAGACGACUACGAGUUCUGCACAAGGGUGGACGGCAUGGUCCUCCCCGGCGUCGGCUUCUUCGGCAUCUCGGCUGCCACCGGUGGUCUAGCAGACGACCACGAUGUUUUGUCCUUCUUGUUGUUCACACUCACAGAGCCAGGCCAGCAACUGCCCCCGACUGAAUCUGAGAUUCCUAAAGAAGAGAAGGACAAGUACCAAGAGGAAUUUCAGAACUUCCAGCAAGAGCUCGACAAAAAGAAAGAGGAGUUUCAGAAAGAGCACCCAGACGUCCAUGGAGAGCAAAUUGAGGACAUGUACGAGAGCGUGAAUGACCGGGAGAUCCGUCAGGUGUUUGAGGGCCAGAACCAGAUCCACCUGGAGAUCAAACAGCUGCACCGGCAGCUCGCCAUGGUCCUGGACGAGCAGCGGCGGUACGUGUCGGUCAUCAGCAACGAGGUCAUCAAGUGGGAGGCCAACGCCAAGGCGGGACAGCUGGAUGCUGCAGGCCAACAACAGUUGGGCUCCAUCAUGGCCAACCAGCUGGAGGUUCGCCAGAGUCUGAAUGAGCUCAGAACCUCCUUCCACGAGUCCCUGAAGCAGAUCAGCUCCGCCCAGCACCAGGGGAACGCAGCCGGCAUCGGAUCCUACGAGACGGUGCAGCACUUCAACGACAUCAAGGAGCACCUGCACAUGGUCAAAAGGGACGUGGAGCACCUGGUGCAGCGUAACUCUCAGAAUCCAGCUGAAAAGGCCGUGAAGUGCCCCGAUCCGCCGGCCAUGCCGACCUGCCUGUCCACGCUCCACUUUGUGAUCUUCAUCAUCGUCCAGUCGGUCCUGUUCUUCUGCUACAUCAUGUACAAAACUCAACAAGAAGCAGCAGCAAAGAAGUUCUUUUGAUGAAAUGCAUUUAUGGAAAGAAGGCGUGUAAAUGAGGGAAUGUCCAUUUUGGUAAUUUUUUGAUUAUUUUCUGAUUGUAAGUUAUUGUACUUGAGAAGAUUUUUGUUGAAGUUUAUUUUAAUUAAUUGCAGAUUUUUAAUUUGAUCAGUAAAUAAUUGAUCUCUGAAUUUUCAACAUGAUGUAACAUUUUCCUUGCAGUAUUUUUGGAUUGUUCGGAUCCUUUUUGAGUUUGUUUUCAAAAGUCAACAUUUUCCCCCAAAUCCCCGAUUAUAAAAAAGAAAAACCUGUGUUUUGAAAUGUGCAAUUUUGUAUAAAAUAAUUACAUAUUGGUGAAGAAGACAUCCGGUUAUCUGAGUCAAACAUGUCAGAAUGUGACAUGUACUCUACCAGAACAAUUUACAUAAACAGAAAACCCAAAUCUC